CCUCUCUCUUGGUAACUUCAUUAAGAAACGUGGGUCACUGUACUCCCCUCAUACAACCUGUCACCCACAAGCUUCACAGGCUGGCACCCUAGCCCCACUGCUCCAAAAUCUAAAUACAUGAAAAAUCGCCUUUUUCCCUUUAAUUUCUUCAUUCAUUUCUCUCUCCCUGAACUGUCCUCCUCCUACUUGAAUUCCCCAUUAUACCCCUUCUCUCUCUCCCACUCAAUAUAUAUAUAUAUAUAUGCCCAGUUUCAGAUAAAAAGGAGGAGAAACUUCAGAAAAAAGCGAGUAUGGGUAUAUGCAGUUCUUGCGAUUCGACUGCUGUAGCUACGGCUAAGCUAAUAUCGGCCGACGGAAGACUGCAGGAGUUCCCGUACCCCGUCAAGGUCUCCUACGUUCUACAGAAGAACCCCGCCUGUUUCAUCUGUAACUCCGAUGAGAUGGAAUUCGACGACGUCUUGUCGGCUGUCAAUGACGACGAGGAGUUGCAGCCGGGUCAGCUCUAUUUCGCUCUGCCGUUGACCAGGCUGAAGCGCCGCCUUCAGGCGGAGGAGAUGGCCGCAUUGGCAGUUAAAGCCAGCUCGGCUCUCAGUAAGAGUAGCGGUAACUGCAGCGCCACGCCAACCAGCGCCAAAUGCGCGUGCCGCCGUAAUAUUGUUGUGUUCUCCGGCGACAAAGGAAUGAAGCCACCUAGAAAAGUGGCGGAGAGUGGAUCUCGGAGGCGGAGGUGUGGAGGAGGAGUGGGCGGAAGAGGGAAGUUCGCGGCGAGGUUGAGUGCAAUACCUGAGUAG